UUCGUUAAGCGUGGCGAGCUGCAUGACUCCAUUCUGCAUCGAAAUUGAACGUCACACUAAUGGCGAGUGGGUAUAUAUGACGUACACGACGGGAUAAAGAAAAAAUUGCUUGUCGUGCGAGCACUUUGUUAAGUCGAUCCGUUACGCGCAGAAUACAAAUCGUAUUGUUAACGGGUGAAACGCACAAACGAUCUCCGUUUCUCGCGGUGUAAAGCGACACGUCUGCAGAAGGAUGGCGGCUUGAUUUCCCACGAAGUAUGGAAUGCUAUAUGCAAACGAACGUUUCCACGAGCAUUGAAGUAAAAUUCACUCAAUUGGUGCUAUUCAGGAUAUAAGAUGGCGGAUGUAGACCCUGAGACCUUGUUAGAAUGGCUCAGCAUGGGGCAAGGAGACGAGAGGGACAUGCAGUUGAUAGCACUGGAACAACUGUGCAUGCUAUUGCUCAUGUCCGAUAACGUCGACCGUUGCUUUGAAUGCUGUCCUCCACGCACGUUUCUCCCAGCGCUUUGUAGGAUCUUCCUAGAUGAACUGGUACCAGAUAGCGUGCUGGAAGUUACCGCCCGAGCCAUCACGUAUUACCUGGAUGUCUCGGCGGAAUGUACGCGCAGAGUGGUGGCUAUGGAGGGUGCUGUAAAGGCUAUCUGCAGCCGACUAUCCGGUGCUGGACUCGGCUCGAGGGCCAGUCGGGAUUUGGCAGAGCAGUGUAUAAAAGUGUUGGAGCUUGUAUGUGCGAGAGAAGCGGGUGCCGUAUUUGAGGCUGGCGGCCUCCCAUGCGCGUUAAGCUUCAUCCGGGAACACGGAGCACGCGUGCAUCGCGACACGCUGCAUUCGGCGAUGGCGGUUGUUACUAGACUGUGCGGCAAAGUGGAACCCCAAGACAAAGCAUUGCCCGAUUGCGUCGAAGCAUUGUCAGUAUUACUCAGGCACGAGGACGCUCACGUUGCGGACGGAGCGCUUCGUUGCUUCGCGUCACUGGCAGACAGAUUUUCCAGAAGGGGCACUGAUCCCGCGCCGUUAGCGUCAAAUGGAUUAGUCUCCGAACUUUUGUACAGGCUAUCAAAUGCAGCAGGACCUGGUACAUCCUCUGUAGCCACUUGCAGUAAUCCGAAAACGCCACCACCAUCCAGUACAACAACGACAGUCCCAGCUCCAGAACCGAAAUCCUGCGCUUCUGUGUCGACGAUAAUAAGUCUCCUGUCGACACUCUGUAGAGGAUCGCCCUCGAUUACGCACGAUCUCUUGCGUUCCGAGCUACCGGACGCGAUAGAAAAGGCACUAAAGGGAGACGAACGAUGCGCCCUUGAUUCCAUGAGGCUCGUCGACCUCUUGUUAGUUUUACUCUUUGAAGGGAGAUCAGCGCUAGGUCGCAGUACUGCCGGGGGCCCGUCCGGACCAUUAUUACCAAGACUGAGACGCUUAGACAGCGCCGCGGAGAAAUCGCAUAGACAAUUGAUCGAUUGCAUACGCUCGAAGGACACAGACGCACUGAUAGAAGCGAUCGACUCGGGCGGGAUUGAUGUCAACUUUAUGGACGACGUCGGACAGACUUUGCUGAAUUGGGCCUCGGCGUUCGGUACGCAAGAAAUGGUCGAGUUCUUGUGUGAUCGGGGAGCAGACGUCAACAAAGGUCAACGAUCCUCGAGUCUGCAUUACGCGGCCUGUUUCGGGAGGCCAGCUAUCGCAAAGGUUCUGCUUAGGCAUGGUGCCAAUCCUGAUCUGCGGGAUGAGGACGGUAAAACGCCGUUAGAUAAAGCGAGAGAACGUGUUGACGAGGGACACAGAGAGGUCGCGGCGAUAUUGCAGUCUCCCGGAGAAUGGAUGUUACCACCACCGAAUCAAGAACACAGAAAGCUUGAGACCGAGGUAGAAGAGUUUACGGAACCCAAGGGAGAUCCCGAAAUGGCGCCUGUUUAUUUGAAAAGAUUAUUGCCCGUGUUUUGUGCAACUUUUCAAUCGACCAUGUUACCGAGUGUUAGGAAAGCGAGUUUAAGUUUGAUUAGAAAAAUGGUGCACUACAUUCAACCAGAACUGCUCAUCGAAACCUGUGGAUCUGAUAGAACUGGAGGAUGUGGAGCCAUGCUUGUAGAAGUGAUCGCCAACGUAUUGGAUAACGAGGAAGACGAGGACGGUCAUUUGGUCGUCCUGCAAAUGAUACAGGAUCUGAUGAUUAAAGGCAAAGAUGAAUUCUUAGAACAUUUCGCACGUUUAGGAGUGUUUUCGAAAGUUGCCGCUCUAGCUGGACCACAAGAAACAACACCCGAGCCGGAAGCGGAAUCAAAUCAAUCGGGAGAGGAGCAAAGAAUGGAAGAUGCGAAAGAACUAUUGGUAGGAAGAGCGUAUCAUUGGAGAGACUGGUGCAUAUGUCGAGGACGCGAUUGCUUGUACAUUUGGUCAGACGCGGCAGCUCUAGAGCUGUCAAACGGAAGUAACGGCUGGUUCAGAUUUAUCCUCGACGGCAAGCUGGCGACCAUGUACUCCAGCGGAAGUCCCGAGGGAGGAACGGAUACAUCAGGAAAGGGGAGGAACACAGAGUCGCUUACUACUGAAGAAAAUCGUGGUGAAUUCCUGGAGAAACUACAAAGGGCACGUAGUCAAUUAAAAGUGAACUUUGUAAGCCAGCCUGUGCUCUCUCGACCUGGUACCACGCGAUUAGUCGUAGGAAAUUGGGCGUUAUCUAGUCGAAAAGAGAGCGAAUUAUGUAUACACAAUAGUGAUGGCCAGCAACAGGCAACCAUUCUGAGAGAAGACUUACCAGGUUUUAUCUUUGAGUCGAACAGAGGUACCAAACAUUCUUUCACGGCAGAAACGAGCUUAGGUCCAGAAUUUGCAGCGGGUUGGACUGGAAAGAGAGGAAAAAGACUAAGAUCAAAGAUCGAAGCUAUUAAGCAGAAAGUUAAGGUACAAGCGCAAGAGAUAUACGAGCAUUAUUUCAAAGCAGCUCAAGCCCAACCGCGCGGUAUAGUUGCCAAACUCGGUGCCAUCGUUAGCCAGAUAGAGAAAGCGACUCAGAAACAGCAAUCUGGCAAUCGCGAGUGGCGUAACAUACUGCAAAACGCGUUGGAACAGCUUAAAGUAUUAUUGAAUGAGGAGGGUCGGGUAUCCGCAUACGAAUUGCACUCCAGUGGCCUCGUACAAGCGUUGCUCGCUUUGUUGGCCGCACCUCCCGGACCUUCGCCUCCAACAUUGAGAGCAACAAAACUCCGGAUGCAGAGGAUAACCGUAUUCAAGAGCUGCUUUCACACGAAAGAUGUAAAUAAGGAACAUAAUUCCGCCAAAAUCUUAGUACAUAAAUUGGUGUCGGUAUUAGAAUCGAUCGAAAAAUUACCCGUUUAUCUGUAUGACACACCCGGCUCAGGAUAUGGCUUGCAGAUUUUAACAAGGCGAUUACGCUUUCGAUUGGAAAAAGCUUCUGGCGAGAGCGCGCUGAUAGAUCGAUCGGGUCGUAGCUUAAAAAUGGAGCCUCUAAGCACGAUACAGCAGCUGGAGAAUCAUCUGUUAAAAAUGGUAGCUAAGCAGUGGCACGAUCACGAUAGAUCGACAUUCACGUUCGUGAAGAAACUGAAGGAGGAGAACAGAAUAACGUUCAAGUAUCAGCACGAUUUCGACGAGAACGGCUUGCUGUAUUGGAUCGGCACGAACGCCAAGACGUGUUCCGAAUGGGUAAAUCCGGGUCAGUACGGGUUGGUCGUCGUCACGUCGAGCGACGGGAGGAAUCUGCCGUAUGGCCAUCUCGAAGACAUACUUAGUCGCGAUCCAGCGGCAUUGAAUUGCCACACGAACGACGACAAGCGCGCGUGGUUCUCGAUAGAUCUUGGCGUUUGGAUUAUCCCCAGCGCCUACACCUUGAGACACGCCCGCGGAUACGGCAGAAGCGCUUUGAGGAAUUGGAUGUUCCAAGCGUCGAAGGACGGCGUUACGUGGAUAACACUGUACGCUCACGUGGACGACUGCGCGCUAAACGAACCAGGCAGUACGGCGACUUGGACGUUGGAGCCUCCAAGCGAAGAGACGCAAGGCUGGCGGCAUUUACGUUUGCAACAGAUCGGCAAGAACGCCUCUGGACAAACUCAUUAUUUAUCCGUGUCCGGCUUCGAGGUCUAUGGAGAGGUCACCGGUGUGUGCGAGGAUCUAGGUCGCGCGGCCAAGGAAGCCGAGGCCGGUGUGCGGAAGCAGAGAAGAUUUAUCAAAACACAAGUUCUGAAGCAUUUAGUCGCGGGUGUCAGAGUAGCCAGAGGUUUAGACUGGAAGUGGAGAGAUCAAGACGGAGUACCGCCAGGUGAAGGUACAGUAACAGGUGAACUGCACAACGGAUGGAUAGACGUGACAUGGGAUCACGGUGGCUCGAACUCGUACAGAAUGGGUGCGGAGGGAAAGUACGAUCUGAGAUUGGUCGGCACCGGUCUUGAGACAGACAGCACAGCGAAAUGUAAAAGCGGCGGAGGUGUCUUAACAGGUCGGAAGUCAAGUAGCACUCCUAGUUUACCCGAUUGCACCGACACCGCUAUGCGCGGCUCGGUAGCUUCCACGGAUCAAGCCGCAAGCGCGGAUAAUCUAGCGGCGAAGCAAGCUGCCGAGUCGAUAGCCGAGAGUGUGUUGUCGGUAGCUCGCGCCGAAGCAGUGGUCGCUGUGACUGGCGAGGGUGGUGCAAACUCGACGAGCGAACUCUCUGUUGUGUUGCAUCCUAGACCGGAUACUACCGCAACUGUCACCAGUGAUCUAGCUACUAUCGUCGAGAGUCUCGCUCUUAAUACAGAUUGCUCAGUUAAUAGCACCAGCAAUCGAGCAUCCAGUUCGAAACCGCUUUUCGCUACCGUGAGAGGAAACAAGACUAGUGGAGGCUUACUGAGUUUAGAAGCUGCCGAAGUUCUGGAUCGCAUGAGAGAGGGUGCCGACAGAUUACGGAACAAUACUAAUAGCUUUUUGAGCGGUGAACUGCUUGGCCUAGUGCCCGUUAGAAUCAGCGUUUCUGGCGAAUCAGAUGAAAACUCGUUAAGGAUUAAGUCCGUACCAAGGCAUCAUCCUACCGGGAUCGCGGAUGUUGCUAAAGACUGUACACGAGAGAAAGAAGCUAGCUCGUCUACGCAAAAUGCGACGGGUGGUUGUCCUGUUGUGGUUACCAAUCCCAUGUCGGUAUCUGUACCUAAUCUCGCUUGUUCCGAUGCUAACAAUACCUUGGAACCAACAGCUGCUACUGGUUUAUUGGAAACUUUUGCUGCAAUGGCGCGAAGACGAACGUUAGGACCCACAGGUGGACAGCAUCUCGCUUCAAAUUCUAAUACAAGUUCUAAUCCACGUGGACCGAAUUCUGUAUCUAGUCUCGUACGAUUGGCACUCAGUCCUAAUUUUCCUGGUGGAUUACUUAGUACGGCGCAAAGUUAUCCAAGCUUGACGAGUAGCGGACAAGUGGCUGGUAGUGGCGUUACCACAACAACUGGACCAGGCUUAGGACAAGCGCUUACCAUGUCUUUGACUAGUACAAGUAGCGAUAGCGAACAGGUCAGUCUGGAAGAUUUCUUGGAAUCUUGCGGGGGUGUAGCAACCUCCAGCGCUGGUGGAGGUCGAACUACCGGUGGACCUACGCUUUUGACCGAAUUAGAGGACGAUGAAGAUGGUGUCCUAGAAGAGGAAGAAGACAACGAAGAAAACGAUCAAGAGGAGGAAGACGAAGAAAAUGAAGAAGAAGGCGACGGGUGCGAGGGCGAGUACGAAGAAGUAAUGGUAAGCCGCAAUCUCCUGGCAGCAUUCAUGGAGGAGGAAGCACCACAGAGCAGCAAGAGACGUGCGUGGGAUGACGAGUUCGUGUUGAAACGUCAGUUCUCGGCUCUUAUUCCUGCUUUCGAUCCACGUCCUGGUCGGACGAACAUUAACCAGACCACGGAUUUGGAGAUACCUCCGCCUGGCAGCGAGGCGCAGAUCAACAGCCGCAUAGGAUCGUUACCGAUGCCGAGGCUCUCCUUGUCCUUGAAAGGGCCAGGAUUUCCGGGAGUACCAGACGUUGAAAUACCGCUCUCGGAUCCGUACGCUAGCAUCUUCCAAGCGGUCCAGGAACUGAUGCAGUUGACCGAGCUGGGCAGCCGUCAAGAGAAACUGAAGAGGAUAUGGGAACCGACCUACACCAUAAUAUACAAGGAAGCCAAAGACGAGGAAUCGUCUGGUAGGGCGACACCGAUCGUAACGUUGUACUCUCGUAACCCCGCGCAGAAUACAAAUGCGUGCACUGUGGAAGACAUUCUGCAACUGUUGAGACAUGUAUUUGUCCUGAGUACCGUACGGGAAGACGGCAGACCUGCCUCAUUGGAACAGGAGAGACUGGACGAUACGAUCUGCUGGCUCCAUCCGGAUGAUUUUACGUCGAAGAAGAUCACGAACAAGAUCGUGCAGCAGAUUCAGGAUCCGCUCGCUCUAGCCGCUGGUGCGCUGCCUAAUUGGUGCGAGGAACUCGCCCGAAGCUGCCCAUUUUUGUUGCCGUUUGAAACCAGACGACUCUACUUCAGCUGCACUGCGUUCGGUGCCUCGCGUUCUAUCGUGUGGCUGCAAACGCAGCGAGACGCAAUUCUUGAAAGACAGAGAGCACCGGGUUUAAGUCCACGACGCGACGACAGCCACGAAUUUCGCGUUGGCAGACUUAAGCACGAGAGAGUCAGCGUGCCUAGGGGAGAGAAGCUACUGGACUGGGCGGAACAAGUAUUAAAAGUGCACGCGAGCCGCAAGAGCAUCCUCGAGGUUGCGUUCGUAGGUGAGGAAGGUACCGGUCUCGGGCCUACGCUGGAAUUCUUUGCGCUGGUUGCAGCCGAGUUGCAACGUAAAGACCUCGGUCUCUGGUUGUGCGACGAUGCCGUCGACGACGAUGGCGCGGAGAUCCCGAGCGAGGAGCAGUCGUGCGUCUCCGGGGAGAAGAUUCGGCCUGCGGGGUACUACGUGACGCGUGCGAGCGGUCUGUUCCCGGCCCCGUUACCGCAAAAUUCGGCAGCAUGCGAUCGCGCCGUUCGAUACUUCUGGUUCCUAGGUGUCUUCUUGGCAAAGGUCCUUCAGGAUAAUAGACUAGUAGAUCUGCCGUUGUCCCGUCCAUUCUUAAAAUUAAUGUGCCGCGGUGAUAUCUCGAACAAUGUCAACGAGAAAAUCGGUCUUACCGGCGUUACGCAAGAGAGCAUGUCGUCCAGCAUGUCGAGUAGCUUCAUAUCGGAGGAGGGCGAAACCGACGCCGCGUACUCCUCGCUGGAACCCUGUCCAUGGUACGCUGGAUUAUUAGACAUAGAAGACCUUGCCGAAGUGGAUCCUGUGAGGGGAGAAUUCCUGAAGGAGAUACAGAACGCGAUUACCAAGCGCGAUAGAACUUUCUCCGAUGGUCCAAGUCCCGCCGACGAGGAGAUUUCAUUGUACAUUACUCAUCCAUCCGGUACUUCAGUGGCAAUCGAAGAUUUAGCAUUAACCAUGACGUAUUCACCAAGUUCGAAAGUUUUUCAACACGAUCAAGUGGAAUUAAUUGAAGGUGGCUCGGACGUCGCAGUGACGAUAGAGAAUGCAAGAGAGUACACUAAUCUCACGAUCAAUUACUGCCUUAACCAGGGAAUAUAUCGGCAACUCGAAGCGUUCAAAUCAGGCUUCUCGAAAGUUUUCCCGAUGGAAAAACUUCACGCUUUCAGUCCGGAGGAGAUGAGGGCAAUGCUAUGCGGAGAACAGAAUCCGCAGUGGACGAGGGAAGAUUUGCUCAAUUACACUGAGCCAAAACUGGGAUAUACGAAGGAAAGUCCUGGCUUCCAACGAUUCGUCAACGUGCUAUUGUCACUGACUGGUCCUGAAAGAAAGGCAUUCUUACAAUUCGCCACCGGUUGUUCGGCUCUACCACCAGGAGGUUUAUGCAAUUUACAUCCGAGAUUGACCAUCGUGCGAAAAGUGGACGCUGGUUCUGGUGGUUAUCCCUCUGUUAACACUUGUGUUCAUUACUUAAAAUUACCGGAAUAUCCUACCGAGGAGACUCUAAAAGAAAGGCUCUUGGCAGCUACCCGAGAGAGAGGAUUCCAUUUAAAUUAAAUUUAUAUUCUCUUGCCCGAAGAUUCAAAUUAUCCGUAUAGAUUAUGCGAGAAAAAAAAUUAUACUUAACAGAUUGAUAUGUAUGCCCUGUAUACAGAAAUGGCCUUUAUUUUGUUUUUCUGGUAUGCACUCUGAUAUGAUAGUCGCGGAACAUAAUAACUUGUAACAUUCUCUGAACUGAAAAUCUUCUCACUCUCUCGGCAGGAAUAUGUUUCACUAACAUUGUACAUGUUUAUCUCACAAUCUCCCGCUUCGGUUCCGUAUCUUAUGUUUUAUCUUUAAAUCUAAAAUAUAGUUAAAUGUAAAAUAUAGUUCCAUAUGUUCCUAAAUUCUUUUCACUGGAGAGAUGUCCGUGAAUAUUGGUGUCGUAUUCAUCUCAGUAAACCAGUGUUCACAGAGUAAAUCGUGAUCAUCUAACGCUUCGAGCUCUCUUAAAAAAUCACAUUGGUUUUCUGUAUAUUGGCUUUGUAAUAUUUCGUACGUACGUGUAUGUAUAUGUAUGCGUACACACACAUACAUGUAAAUACAUAUAUGUAUAUAAAGUAAGUAGGAUAAAAUAUGACAUAUACAUAUUUAUAUCUAAUGUAAUUUCUUGCUGUGAAUUAGUCACUAUUUCUUCAUCUUAAUUUUUCUAUAAACAUCAUUUAACACCUCAAAUCCACAAUUUACAAUUUAUAAUUAAUCAGAUUUCUGCAAACAUUGACUAUUGACAUGUAGUACAUUAAUUGUAAUUCGACAAAUGUGUUAUUUUCUUGUAUAUUGUAAGAAAUAAUUUGUUAAAAAAGAAAAAUAUAUAUUAGAGUGUUUAAAAAAUAUCAGAUUUUCCUUUAACGAUUAAUUCUUUGCUCAUUUCGGAGUGGAUUUUUCUUUGUCAAGAGAGAUCAUUAUUAAUAUACAAUAUUGUGUGCCUCUUAUUAAAAUUCUAUUAAAAUAAACUCUAAAAUUGACAGAAGAACAUAGUUUUAUUUGUUUAACUCCUUAAAAGUUAAGUAAUUUCUCGAAGCGAAAAUCGACUCCAAAUUGGCCAAAGAAAAAACAAAGUAAAAGGAUAUCUGGUCUCUCUGGGACAUUCUGUAUAUAUUAUGUAACAAAAGUGACAGGUAUUUAAUUGUAUAACCUAGUAUAAAAGUGACCCAUUUUAAAGACUAUUUUUUCAUGAAGCUUUCCUAUGUGUGAUUUAAAUACAUUUACUAUUUUUGCGGAACGAAAACGCAAAAGUUCCUCAUUGUUACAUAAUGUUUACAUUAUCUUUCCUGGAAAUAUCUUGCUAUGAAAACGAUCAGAGUAAAACUUUGUGAUUUUUUAUUUCUUUUAUUACUAUGAGUUACUACUUACAUGCACAUUAAACCGUGUCACAGAUACUUGUGCAAAGAAAAUGAUGUAAAUCAAAAUCGACAUGUAUUCACCAAAAUGUUAACUUUUCAUUAAUGAUAUCGAGAAAA